UCUACAAAUUAAUGCUAAUAUAGGACCGUUUAUAACAAUAAUAUACAUAUGUGCAGAGAUUUUGUAAAGUAUUUACUUUUUAUUGUUAGUACGUCGUUUAACCGGAGUGGCGUAGCGAUCGUAAAUUAUUUUCGUCACGUGAUCGUUUCAACCGCCAAAAUAAGUGUCAUUUUUCGCCGACAGCAUACAUUUCUGUUACAAAGAAACGUUAAAUUGUUAUUAUAAUCGUGAUUGUUUCUUUUUUUUUCAACGAAUUUAUAUCAGUUUAAGCAUCUACGAUAAGAGUUUUAAAUAGUCGGGCAGUUUUAAAUAGCGGUCAAUAUAAUGGCUAAAGUGCACAUAACCAACGUCGUGGUGCUGGACAAUCCCAGUCCGUUUUUUAACCCUUUCCAAUUUGAGUUGACCUUCGAAUGCAUAGAAGAACUCAAGGAAGAUCUCGAAUGGAAAAUGAUAUACGUCGGUUCGGCGGAAUCGGAAGAACACGACCAGGUAUUAGACACGAUUUAUGUAGGACCGAUACCAGAAGGAAGACACAUGUUUGUCUUCCAAGCCCCACCGCCAGACGUCACACGCAUACCAGAAAACGACGCACUGGGUGUCACCGUGGUGCUACUGGCGUGUUCAUAUAGGGGACAGGAGUUCGUCAGAGUCGGUUAUUAUAUUAAUAACGAAUACAAUGAAAGUGAGCCGGAAUUACGCGAGAAUCCUCCAGCAAAACCACAGUUCGAUAAAGUAGUUAGAAAUAUUUUGGCUUCAGAACCAAGAGUGACUAGGUUUAAGAUUAACUGGGCUGAACCGGACGCAGCUGUUGCAACGGACAGCGGAGACGGCAAUUUGGAAAUGUCACAUGCACCGAGUAAUGAUUCCUAUGGUGCUUCUUUCAAUGCUGAUAGUCAAAUAAGCGGUACUGAGUUCCAGGGUAGCCUAAGUGGUUACGGAGACAAUUCAAAUUCAAUCGCUCCGAUGGAGUGUUGAGAUUGGUGCAGAAUUAAUUAUGGAAGAAGAUAAUUUGUCAGUGAACAAAACAAAUGAAAUUUCUAUAUCGACUGAUAAUAAUGUUUAAGUAAACUUGUGCGGAAGUUGAUGCGUAGAGAUGAGCAAAGGACAUUGUUAAAAUAUUAUGUAUAUUGUAAUAACAAUUCAAACAGAACUUGCUUGCAAAUAGGCCUUUAUUGAUAUUAUAAUGUGCGAUCCGAUGGUUUUAAUUUAUAAUUUUUAAUUUGAACCAUGUGCCU